UCAGAGUGAACAACACGAGUUGACUAGACAAGACCGUUUGUUUUUUUGUAUAUCUAGUUGUUGUAACUUCCACUUUCAACAAAUCUCACACUACACAACACAACAACCUUUUCUUUUCACUGGUUUUUUCUUCUCAUUCAAUGGAAAUGCCUAAUGCGAUUAUGAACCGGGCCGAACCGGGUUCGAAGGAGAGCCGUUUAAGAGCGGAGAUCGAUACUUCAGUGCCGUUUGAGUCUGUGAAAGAAGCUGUUACUCGAUUCGGAGGUGUUGGUUACUGGAAACCUAUUCUCCAUCAUAAUAAUAAUAAUGACAAUAUUAACCUCAUCACUCCUCAGCAGCAAAACACAGAAGAGCUUGAUGCUGGAAAAUUGGAGGAGCAAGCAAUGGUAUUGGAGAAAGAACUCAUCCUGAAAGAAAGGGAAACUCUUGAUGUUUUAAAAGAGUUGGAAUGUACCAAAAGGCUUGUGGAAAAUUUGAAAUCAAAGCUACAAGCAGAAGAAUCUGAAUCAAAUUUGAACAUUAAGAUGAGUUUAUGUGAUGAUAAGGAGCAUGAGAAAGAAGAAGAAAAGGAAAACCAAGUGAAUCAUGUUCCUUAUAAUUCAACAACUCCAGGUUUAAUAUUAAGGGAAUUGAAGCAAGCGAAAUUGAAUCUCAACCGAACCACAAACGAUAUUGCUGAUGUUCGAGCUUCUGUCGAAUCACUCAAUAAGAAAUUAGAGAAGGAAAGAAUGUCACUCGAGAAAACCCGUGAGAGGUUAACUCAAAACUCUUCAAAAAUAACUUCUUUAGAGGAAGAGCUGAACCAUACAAGACUUAAACUGCAAGUGGUGAAAGAUGCUGAAAACAAAAGCGAAUUGGAUGACCCUUCUGAUAUUACGAUAGAGCUUCAAAGAUUGAGUUCCGAGGCAGAACAUUUCAAGAAAAUGGGAGAAGUUGCAAAAUCAGAAGUGUUGAGAGCAAUGUCUGAUAUUGAACAGACAAAAGUUAUGAUAAGAACAUCUGAAAUAAGGUUGGUUGCUGCUAGAAAAAUGAAGGAAGCUGCCAGAGCAGCCGAAGCUGCCGCACUUUCGGAGAUAAAAGCUUUAUCUUAUCAUGAAAAUUCACUUGGAGAUUGUGUGGAAAAGCAUGAUGGAGGAGUCACUCUUUCUUUUGAAGAGUAUACUGCUCUAACCUGCAAAGCUCGAGACGCCGAGGAACAAUCUAAGAAGAGAGUUUUUGAUGCUAUGCUUCAAGUUGAUGAAGCAAAUUUAUCAAAAAAGGAUGUUUUGAAAAGGGUGGAGGAAGCCACAGAAGAAGUUAAAACAAGCAAGAAGGCGCUUGAAGAAGCUUUCGAAAGGGUAGAGGCUGCAAAUAGAGGGAAGCUAGAAGUUGAAGAGGCUUUAAGGAUUUGGCGGUCCGAGAGUCAUAAAAGGCGAUCAUCGAUAUAUAAUAACUAUACAAAGUUUAAAAACCCUUGUCCCCAUCGGAGAGACACUCAGUUAUUCAAUGAAAAUGGGAUGAAUGUUGUUGAUGAUGAAGAUAAACCGGUUCUAAAGCCAACUUUAUCUAUAGGACAAAUAUUGAGGAGGAAACUGAUGGCGUGGGAAGAUUUUGAAGAUGGGAUGAUUAGAGAAAGAAGCUCAAUGAAACGGAAAGUGUCGUUGGGUCAGAUGCUUGGUAAACACAACUAUGAUCCAUGCUUUGAAUUUGAUAGGCAAGUUGAGAAAGAAAAUGGUCAGAAACAGUUUUCUGCUAAGAGAAAGAAAUUUGGAUUUGCUAGAUUCUCCCUUCUUUUGACAAAACAACCAAAGAAGAAGCCAACUCUUAACUUGAGGUGAUGAUGGGGUUACUUGAUCUUCUAUCUGCUCACAUAUUUUUCUGAUAUUGUGAUUGAAUUUGCAUGGCAAUAUAUUCUUGUGCUGUAUUUAGGUUAUUGGGAUUUGUAUUGUAGUCAUUGCUUGUAUUCUAAUUAAUUAAUUCAUUAAUGUGUGUUUAUCACUUGCUAUACUAAUUUGUAGAGGUGUGGUUUAUAUCAAUUUAAUUUUGGUAAGCUUGUGUUUUUA